CCGCGGUGUGCCGUGUCCGGUGCCGUCCCCUCCCCUCCCGCCGGAGCCCUCAAUGUCGGAACGUCCCGAAGAUGACGUCGGAGCGUCGUCGAGCCCCGUGUCUGUCGCCCAACGCCGCCGCCGCCGCCGCCGCCGCCGCCGCCGGCAAGAGGCACCAAGAAGGAAGAGCAAUGGCGACACCGGAUCGCAAAGUGCCCAGUCCGGAGGCCUUCCUGGGCAAGCCCUGGGCCUCCUGGAUCGACGCCGCCAAACUACACGGCUCCGACAAUGUGGAUGUGGACGAGGCCGCAAAAGAGGGCGGAAAAAGCAGGGAGGUGAUGAGGCUUAAUAAAGAAGAUAUGCACUUGUUCGGCCACUACCCCGCGCACGACGAUUUCUACUUGGUGGUGUGCAACGUGUGCGGUCAAGUGGUCAAGCCCCAGGUGUUCCAGUCGCACUGCGAAAGAAGGCACGGUUUGAUGUGUAAGGCUUGCCCCUCUCCAGUGUCUCCGCCUUCCAACUCGAGGACGUCACUAGUCCAGGUGAAAUCCAAAUCCUCCGUCAGCGGCCCUAACCCUGUCAGCAACAACUCAAAGCCAUUCAGAACGCCCAAAGACAAUCUUCUUACCUCCAGUAGCAAACAGCACACAGUUUUUCCUCCGAAAGCGUCGAGGGAUAAACCAUGCGUUCCAGUGCCCGUAGUCAGUUUAGAGAAAAUUCCUAACCUGGUGAAGGCCGAUAGUGCCAACGUCAAAAUGAACGCGACCGCCACCCCCGCGGCUCCCUCCUCCUCCUCCUCCUCCUCUUCCUCCUCCUCCUCCUGCUCCUCCAACCCCUCGCCCGCCCUCGCGGCCCCACUGGGUGCCAAGCCUGUCCUCCUGCCCAGGCCGGUGCCCCCGUCGCCGGAGAAGGUCCUGAACGGCAGGGGUGGUGCGACCCCCGCCUUAGACAGGAAGCACCAGAACGGCACCAAGGGCAACAAACCGUACAAGAGGCUGGCAGAGCGAGAAUUUGACCCAAAUAAGCACUGUGGAGUGUCGGACCCCGAGACCAAGAAACCUUGCACCAGAUCCCUCACCUGCAAGACACACUCGCUGAACCACCGGCGGGCAGUUCCGGGCCGGAAGAAGCAGUUCGACAUCCUGCUGGCCGAGCACAAGGCCCGCUCCAGGGAAAAAGAGGGUUCCAAAGACAAGGAGCAUCUCCUGCCGCCGCCACCGCCGCCGGCGGGGCCGGGGACCAGAGACGCGCACCAGAGCCAGCCGGUCCCGGGGCCGGACCCUCUCGCGGGAGCCGCCUCCACCUCCGGGCCGGAACCUAAAGUAGCGUCUCCCGCAAAAUCUAGACUGCCCAAUUCCGUACUUCCUCGACCAUCAUCCGCCAACAGCGUCAACGGCUCCAGCUCCUCGACCCACGGCGGCUUCGGCCCCGAGCUGCCCCUGCCCUCCCUGGGCCGCGACCUAGCCAGCCGGCUGUCCAGCGACGAGGGCGACACGGAGGGAACUGACGAGGCGGAGAAGCUGGACUGCCAUUAUUCCACGCAUCACCCCAAAUCGUUUGGGUUCUGCUCGUUCGGGAGCCGGCUCAUGGGCCGCGGCUACUACGUGUUCGACCGCAGAUGGGACCGGUUCCGACUCGCCCUCAACUCCAUGGUGGAGAAACACUUGAAUUCCCAGAUGUGGAAGAAGAUCCCCCCCGCGGCCGACAGCCCGAUGCCUUCGCCGUCGGCGCCCCUGCCCACCCCCGGCGCAGCCUCCUCCGUCCUGCAGCCGUUCAGCAGCCCCACUGCCGCCUACCUGUCCCCCGCGCCCGUCAGCGCCCGGAUCACCUCUCCGUACCUGAUGGCGCCCGGCGGGCUUGCCGGAGCCCCCUUCGGCACCCCCUCGGACGCGGGCGCCCUCGGACCCCACCCGGCGGCCUUCCCGCAGGCGGCCGCCGCCUCUCUGGGCAUCCUGGACUGCGCGUUCAAGGCCCCGGCCGCCGUGGCCCCCGUCCCGGCCGCGGCCCCCUCCCCGUCCCACAAGCCAUCCUCGAAAACCAAAACCAGCAGAUCCUCAAAAGUCAAGGACCCGGCCUUCCACGGCGACGAGGCCGCGGGCGGCAAAAAGCGCAAGCCACCGCCGCCGUCCCCCUCGCCCUCCCCCUCGCCCUCCCCCUCGCCGUCCCCGUCCCCGUUUUCAGGGCCCCACAGGAAGAACUGCGUCUUGAACCCCAAUUCCACCUUGAACUCGUUCCCGGCCCCGUGCUCCUACAACAGCCUGUCCGCGCACAGCGCCAACAACGGGACCGGCGCCCUCAGUGCCAAGCUGGAGCCCCCGGGGCGGACGGCGGCCCUCUCGGGCGGCUCCUCGGACUCGGCCCUCCGACGCCUGGGCCCGGGCGGGGGCGGCGGGGCGGUGGAGGCCUGCAACCUCGCCCUGGCCGCGCACCACGCCGUGACCUCGCUGCCGCUGGCUUUCGACAAGGCGGAAGGCAAGAAGCGGAAGAACUCGAGCGCGAGCGGCAAGGCCUGUAAGAUCGCCAAGAUGGCGGGCAUGAACAGCGUUCAUCGGAAGAGCCCCUCCAGCCUUAUCUCGCCAGUGCCAGACCCCGCGAACAGCUCCGUCCCUCGGCAGGUUGGAAAAAACAGCAGUGUAGCUUUCUCCCAAUCCAGCACGUCCAGCACGUCCAGCCUGGGACACAACCGGCAGAAGACUUCGAACCGGACCGGCAGAAUCAGGACUCUUCCAUGAAGCAGCCAGGACCGGUCUCCGGUUCCAGCUCGCCCGUCCCCGUCCCACCUCCCCCGCCCCCACCCCCAGAUGGCCGCGGCGGCAUUACUGCCCGGGCCCAAAGGCGGCCCUGACCUUCUCUUCAGCCUGUGGUUCAUAAAGGGAAAAAGUGAAUUUAAGGUUUUCAGAAAACUGUACGAGCCGUUUGUUUCCAUUGUUCGCUCGCGCCGCCCGCCCCUUUGGACUCUCUUCUCUGGACGUUGCCGGCUCCUCGGUGCCGUCCGAGUGGCGAGCCGGCUUUCGAAAAAGGAGGACUCCUGCCCGGCCUCUUCCUCCCCGGGGAAGCCGGGACCCGGCCUCUCCCGCGGCCCUCCGCCGCUCCUCGCCUUCGACCGCUCCCUCAGCCUCUUCCGCGGCUUCUCCUGCGGCCUCCUCCUCUCCUCACUUUGGACCUCGCCUUCAGCCUCUCCCAUAACCUCUCCCACGUGCUCACUUCUGACCUCCACCCCCCUCCCCCUGCCUCUCCUCCGGCCUCAAGGGCUCCCUUCACCCCCUUGGCCCUUCCCACCGUGGGCACAGAGGAGUCCCGGCCUCCUCCGGCAGUUUGGAGCGGAGGCCGGGCACCCGGGGCCCUCCGGUCGGGUUUCUCAAUCCGGAUUUCAGCUUCCCAUCGGGGCCGCGGGUGUCAUCUGCCGCUUCCGGGAGCCCUGUGGGAUCCCAGCCGCCGUAGGAGGGCAAGGAACGGGGCUCUGCCCGGGUGAUCUGGGGGAGGGCUGGAAAGGUGGCAGGAGGGUGACGAGCCGGGGUGGAGAAGCGAGGCAACGGGCGGGUGGGCUCAUACCACUUGGCCCCCUUCCCCAGGCAGGCCUCCCUGGUUUUCCCACCGCUUCAUGCUGGUGCCCAGGACCCCAGACCCCUGGGUGGGAGGGGAGGAGGCCGACGGGUUCUGUGGGCGGGGAUUUGAGGUUGGUGAGUUCCCAGCUCCAGUUCCAUCUUCGCGCCCCCGCAGGGGACGGGGGAGGCCAGGGGGAGGACGCAGGAGUUAGCGGGGAGUCUGGGCAGGGGAGAGGGGCUAUUUGGUUUGCCCCAAUGCCUUUUCCUGAUGCCUUUCAAUUGAGCCACAGUCUUGGGGGUCCGAAGGAGUGGGCGCUACGGACGGCUCCACCAACCCUGCCUGUGAUGGCCAGGUCCCCACCGCGUGGCUCUGAGGGUCAUCCCCCUGAAGGGAGGCAGGCAGGCUCCCGUUCUUCCUCUCUCCUUCCCUCCCUCCUUCUUUCUUUUCUCCCUCCCCGCCUCCCCUCGUCCCCUCCCCGGGCAGGCCGAGCUACCGCUUGGCUCCGUCACCUCCCAGGGCGGGCUCGCCGAGGCGCCGGGGUGACCCUUGUCGUCGUCGUCCUCGUCGCUGGAUCGCACUGACAGUGUUUCUUUCUCACGGGGUCCCGGGACCAAAACUGAGAGGGCCGGGUUUCGGGCUUGCUGGGGGCAGUGGGGGCAGUGGGUUCUGGUUUUAAAUAAAAUCGACAACUUUGUAUAAUCAGGAGUUGAAAACGGGCACCGGGACAUUUGGGCAGAGGAGUUAACUCUUAUUUCUACAGUGUUAAAAGUGCACUUAUAUGCUGGUUUAUUUAGUACGUCUUGGGGGAAAAGAAGAGAUUGCAACUAGGAAGGAGAUUGUUACUGUUUUUCUUUUUUAAAAAAAGGCUUAAGGCAGAUUUUAAGACUUAUAAAAUGUUGAAGCAAUUAUAAACAAGGCUAGACCCUUUGAAAAAAAGUUUAGAAGAUAUUCUUAAAGUAAAUUUUUAUAGUGUUAAUUUUGUAAUAAUUUAUGUUUUACUAUAUUACAGAGCUAACUGACCCGAAUAGUUUCAGAAACAAUGUGAAACUUAGGAAAGUUUGAGCAAUGUUUAUAUUUUUAAAACGUUCUUUGAAUUAUGUUUUUAUUGUACAUUUCUUCAAACUGAAAAGCGUGUACAUAUCUUGGUUAUUUUUGCACAAUUUUUUUGUCUUCAGUUUUAGGAGCAGAGAAGUCUGUUGAUUUUUAUAAUUUAUUUUGAGUUGUACAACCUGCAGGAGUUAAAACAGGAAAAAAGAAAUCUCCAACACGGCGACCCUCUGUGCUUCCUGGACUGCCGUCGUUUAUAGCUCCGGAGGGAAAGCGAAGGUUUGGAGAUUUUCGUGGCUGCUUCUGAGAAUCUGUCUCCUCGGUGACUCAAUGAGCGCUUCAGGAACUGUCUGGGUUUCUACACCUCUCUCGGCUGGUGAGCUCGGAGGGCGCGAACCGCCAACCACCACCGCCUCUGCCCUUCCGAACCCGCUCUGCCCGCGACCAGGGCGCUUCUGGAAAACCUAGCAGAAAGCGAAACCCACACACAGCCCCACACACUUCACCGCAGACCGUUGGCUUAUUUUGUGACGGAUUGGAGUUUUCAGCAUGAGAAGUGAAGUGGAAAUAAAAGGGUUUUUUUUUUUCUUUUUUGUUAUUUUUUUUUCUUUUAAUGGAGCAAAACUGGAUCGGGGCCUCACGAGCGGGCUAAAGUGUUGCCCUCUCACCCGCCUCCGACCCGUCAGCCAUCUCCACCUCCCGCCCCCAACCCCUCGCUCCCUCCCAUCCCGUCUGCCUGAAGAUAUUGUGAUUUUUGUCUCCAGCAAUAGAAGGCUCAGAAGCUUUGGUUGUUCCACAUACGCAAUGCAUAGACCUGUCAGCCAUAAAAAAAAAAAGUGACUUGGAAAACUUGUAUGCCUUCUUUUGUAUCGAUGUACCGAUUGUAAAUAAUGCAGAUCGACCUUUGUAGAGAAUAGUUUAUACAGCAUAUUCUAUUAUUGCUGAUUCUCAGUGAACUGUUGUUUUAAAAAAAAGAAAAAAAAGACAUUUUUCUAUUUACACCUUCUAUUUUGUUAUGCUGUUCCCCGUGGCACUUUAACAAAACUCUUUGGGUUUUGCCUAGCUGGUCAGCCAUGGGAAUAUUAAAUAACUGUUGUUGCACAGAAAAAGAAUUUGCACCUGCUCUCUUGUGCUUUCCUACUACAGAUUUUAGAACCUUUUCCAGAAGACUUUUGAAGACGCAUGUCCAAUCAUUCGAAAACAAUGCCAUAUUGUAGAGUGGAUUUCUUUUCUACGAUCCAUGUUUUGUAACACUAAGUAUUUUCAUCCUUUGUCCCGCACCUUUCUCUAAUAGCCCUCUCCGGUAGAAUUCAUUCCACGCUUGUGAUAAUUGUAAGCAGAAUAAAUGUCUAAAGUCGGUGUAAAUAGUAAAUCCUACAGCUUACAGUUUUAAAGGAGAAGAAGCAGCAGACAUAGCUGGAUCUGAGGAUACUGCCGUGGUUCAGUGUCGGGCGGGGAGGAGAUUCGAGUGAGCGAUUGUAUUUUGGGGUUUUGCUUUCUUUUUUUUUUUUCUUUUUUCCUUUUUUUUUUGGUA